CAGUUGUACUAUGCUUGUUGGAAUAAGGAAAGCAACCUCCCCAUCUUCUCCUUUGACCCCCUCUCCUCUCCCUCCCCUUCUUAAACUCCUCUCUCGUUUCCUCCUCCAUUGUUUUAACACAACUCUGUGUUCAUAGUAGUAGAAGAUAUAGAAACAACAAAAUAAAGAGAGAGAGAUAGAUUGUUAGAACAAGGAAGGAAGAAGAGAAGGGAAAUGGGAAGGAAGCAAGAGAGGUUUGUGAAGAUACCCAGCUAUUUCCGGUGUCCGAUAUCGCUGGAAGUGAUGAAGUCGCCCGUGAGCCUGUGCACCGGCGUGACCUACGAACGCGCCUCCAUCCAGCGGUGGCUCGACUCCGGCAACACCACGUGUCCGGCCACCCGGCAGAACCUACCCUCCACCGACCUCGUCCCCAACCUCACCCUCCAGCGCCUCAUCCACCACUGGUCCUCCUCGUCCUCAUCCUCCACCGCCGCCGCCGCCGCUGUCCCGCGCCUUCACCGCGGCAACGACCUCCUCCACGAGCUCCGCUUCCCCGCCGCGGAUCCCGUCCCGACGCUCCGCAAGCUCGCCCAAUUCUUCUCCGACGACGAGAACGACGAAUUCGAGAAGAAUAAUCUCGUCAAUGCCGGUGGUUGCGCCGCCGUUCUGGCCUCCAUUCUUGUAAGGAAGAACUACGACGACGACGACGAGGCCGGAUUGGAGACGUCGGAGGCGGCGAUAAGGGUUCUUGCUCUGAUCUUAACCUCCGAUUUUAUCGAAGAGGGCAACAGGAAGAUCGCGAUCUCCGCCCUGAUUUCAGAUCUCAACGGAUCGGUUUCCGCUUUGGUCUCCGUACUGAAGAAGGGAAGCAGUCUCGAAUCGCGGAUCGACUCGGCCCGGGUUCUUGAAUCGGUACUGGGGUUGCCGGAGGCGGUGGAGGCGAAGGUGGUGAUCGCCGAGAAGGACGAGGUCAUCGCGGAGCUGAUCCGCUUGAUCGGGCCGUCGGAUGAUAAAGGGACGAUGGAUCGGAGGGCGGUGGAGGCGGGGAUUGGGUGCCUGGCCGGGAUCGCGGAGGUGAGGCGGUCGAGGGCGCGGAUAGUGCGGCUCGGAGUGGUGCCGGCGGUGACGAGGGUGCUGGCGGCGAAGGCGGAGGUGGUGCCGGCGGCGGCGGCGGAGAGGGCGAUGAGGGUAAUGGAGGCGGCGGCCGGGUGCGCGGAGGGGCGGGCGGCGAUCUGCGAGACGGCCGAGGAGAGCGUGGGGGCGGUGGCGGGGCGGAUGAUGAAGGCCGGGAGGGAGGGGGCGGAGGCGGCGGUGGCGGUGCUGUGGACAGUCUGCCACCUCUACCGGGACCGCCGGGCGGUGGAGGCGGUGGCGGCGGAGAACGGCGGGCUCACGAAGAUACUGCUGUUCAUGCAGAGCGGGUGCUCGCCGCCGACGAGGCAGAUGGCAGCGGAUUUGCUUAAGAUAUUCAAAGUAAAUUCCAAGAGCUGUCUUCCUGGAUAUGAUACAAAGACUAUCCACAUCAUGCCCUUCUAGGAAUCGAAAUCGAUUGAGAGAGAUUUUUUUUUUUUUCUUUACUGAAAAAGAAAAAGAGUUUUGUAAAUGGAUAGAGGUGUUUUUUAUUUUGCUUGAUCAAAAGAUAUAGGGAAAGAAAUGAAGGAUCUUCUAAUUCAAUUUUACAGACAAAUUUGCAGGAGUCUGAAUCCCUUACUUUUUUCAAGGAGAGAAUCUUUGUCCUUUUUAUUCGAGGAACCAGUUAUCAUAGAUUGUGAGAUAAAUUUCUUGUAUUUAAUAU